GAGAACCUUGUGAACUACAGGAAGCAGUUCAACGAGAUUGAUUUUGACAACAGCGGACAGAUAGACCCUUUUGAACUCGGGGUAGCGCUGGAGAAGCUAGGCAUCAAACUCUCCAGCGACCAGCUGCGCGCCCUCCUUGCAGACGGAGACAAGUCCGACGACUCCGAGCUCGAUUUCGAGGAGUUCGUGGCCCUGUUG